AUGGGUCGUUUGGUGCAGGGCCGUGAAAGCGCAAACCCCCCAUCCCCAUACGUCGCACGGACCCCCCUCCCGUACGGCGAGUGGACCAUCCCUCCUCCCGUGCACCGCAUGGACUUAAACCUCCUGGACUCGCGAUCUGUCAUGGGAGACCUGGGGUGGGUGGCCUAUCCAAAGAAUGGGUGGGAGGAGAUCGGAGAGGUGGACGAGGACUACGCUCCCAUCCACACGUACCAGGUCUGCCGCGUCAUGGAGCAGAACCAAAACAACUGGCUCCACACCAACUGGAUCCUGACCGAAGGCGCCCAGAGAGUCUUCAUCGAGCUCAAAUUCACCCUGAGAGACUGCAACAGCUUACCGGGCGGCGUCGGUACCUGCAAGGAAACUUUCAACAUGUACUACUACGAAACCAACGGCGACGAUGACGAAGAGGAAGGGACAUUACGAGACGGGGUCGGGAUAACGGACGAAGAGGAUUGGGGUCUAAAGGAAAGCCGGUAUAUCAAGAUUGACACCAUAGCGGCUGAUGAGAGCUUCACCGAGCUAGACCUUGGCGAUCGCGUGAUGAAACUGAACACGGAAGUUCGAGAUCUUGGUCCGCUGACAAAGAAGGGCUUCUACCUCGCGUUCCAGGAUUUGGGAGCAUGCAUAGCGCUGGUGUCGGUGAGGGUGUUUUACAAGAGAUGUCCGUUUUUGGUGAAAAGUCUGGCGGAGUUUCCGGACACCAUUCCUGGCUCGGAGGCAUCGCAGCUGGUGGAGGUGGUGGGGCGCUGUGUGAAUAACUCGCUGCCGCUGUACGAGCCUCCCAGAAUGCAUUGCAGCACGGAGGGGGAGUGGCUAGUGCCCAUCGGGAAGUGCGUGUGCAAGCCGGGAUUCGAGGAGAUCAAUGGACUGUGUCACGUGUGUAAGCCUGGAUUCUACCGCUCUGUGCUGGAGGCCCUAUCGUGCAGUAAGUGCCCUCCCCACAGUGUGGCCAGGCAGCCCGGGGCCACCUCCUGCAGCUGUGAGGACGGCUACUACAAGAUAGAGUCAGAUCCACCAGCCAUGGCAUGCACACGCCCUCCAUCAGCCCCCCGCAAUGCCAUCUCCAACGUCAACGAGACCAGCGUGUUCCUGGAGUGGUCCGUUCCCAUGGAGACCGGGGGGAGGAAGGACGUGCGCUACAACAUCCUGUGCAGGCGGGUUCUACCGGAGGGGCGGGGCUUGGACGAGUGCGGGCCUAAUGUUCGCUUCCUCCCCCGUCGCCUGGGCCUGUCCAACACCUCCGUCAUGGUGGCCGAUCUACAGUCUCACACCAACUACAGCUUUCUCCUGGAGGCGGUCAAUGGCGUAACAGACCUUGCCAAAGAGCACGCCAGACAGUAUGUGACGCUCAAUGUGACCACCAACCAGGCAGCUCCAUCCCCAGUGAGCGUGGUGAGGAAAGGACAUACGGGGAAAAGCAGCAUCUCUCUGUCCUGGGCCGAACCAGACCGUCCCAACGGAAUCAUCCUCGAAUACGAGAUCAAGUACUUCGAAAAGGAACAGGACUCCAGCUACACUAUAAUCAAGUCGAAGGAGACGGAGAUGGUGGUGGAGGGCCUCAAGCCGUCGUCUGUGUACAUUUUCCAGGUGCGAGCCAGGACCUCAGCGGGCUACGGAGCAUUCAGUCGACGUUUUGAAUUCCAGACGAGCCCUUACUUGACGGCCACCAGCGAGCGCGCCCAGGCCUCCAUCGUGGCUGUGGCCAUUACGCUGGCUCUCGUCCUCCUGGCUGUGGUGGCUGGCUUCCUGCUCAGUGGAAGGCGUUGCGGAUAUAGCAAGGCAAAACAAGACCCCGAUGAGGAGAAGAUGCACUUCCACAACGGUCACAUUAAAUUCCCCGGGGUCCGCACCUACAUCGACCCCCUGACCUACGAGGACCCCAACCAGGCUGUGCACGAGUUUGCCCAGGAGAUAGACGUAUCCUUUAUCUCCAUAGAGCGCAUCAUAGGAGCAGGUGAAUUUGGUGAAGUGUGCUGUGGACCGCUAAGGUUGCCAGGGAAACGGGAGAUCCAAGUGGCCAUCAAAACCCUGAAGGCCGGAUACACCGAGCAGCAGAGGCGGGACUUCCUGUGGGAGGCGUCAAUCAUGGGACAGUUCAACCACCCCAACAUCAUCCGCCUGGAGGGAGUGGUCACCAAGAGCAAGCCAGUGAUGAUCAUUACAGAAUACAUGGAGAAUGGGUCUCUGGACACUUUCCUAAAGAAAAAUGACGGACAAUUUACGGUGAUCCAGCUGGUGGGGAUGCUGCGUGGGAUUGCAUCUGGAAUGAGGUACCUGUCUGACAUGGGCUACGUGCACCGCGAUCUGGCUGCACGCAACAUCCUGGUCAAUGGAAACCUGGUGUGUAAAGUGUCCGAUUUUGGACUGUCUCGAGUACUGGAGGACGAUGCAGAGGCAGCCUACACUACAAGGGGUGGAAAGAUCCCCAUCCGCUGGACCGCCCCAGAGGCCAUCGCGUACCGAAAGUUCACCUCGGCCAGUGACGUGUGGAGCUACGGCAUCGUCAUGUGGGAGGUCAUGUCCUACGGAGAACGGCCAUAUUGGGAGAUGUCUAACCAGGAUGUUAUAAAGGCGGUGGAGGAGAGCUACCGUUUGCCCGGGCCCAUGGACUGCCCUGAGGCCCUGUACCACCUCAUGAUGGACUGCUGGCAACGCGAACGCACCAAUCGGCCCAAGUUUGACGAGAUAGUCUGCCUGCUGGACAAAUUCAUCCGCAACCCCAGUUCACUAAAGAAGCUGGUCAACUCGUCGCACAGGGUAUCCAACCUGCUGGUGGAGCAUGCCAGUGUGGAGGGAGACUGCUCGAGCAGGACCCAGACUGUGGGGGACUGGCUGGACUCUAUAAAGAUGGGCCGCUACACAGAGCUCUUCGAGGAGGGAGGGUACUCUUCAAUGGAGACUGUGGCCCAGAUGACAUCAGAGGAUUUACGACGGGUUGGAGUAAACCUCGCCGGACACCAGAAGAAAAUCAUCACUAGCAUCCAAGAAAUGAGAGUCCAUAUGAACAGUGCCAGCUCCACUGUCAAAAUCUGCCCGUAA